ACAUGUCAAUUUAGUAGAAAUAGUUGGCUAAAAUUUUAUUCUUUAUUGUUUGGUCUUUAUUUUUCAUAAAAAAAAAAUAUACAAUUAAAUAACAAAUAUUUAAUUAGUUUAGAUUCUACUUAACGAAAACUACUACUAUUACUAGCGGAAACGUCGAAAAUCGUGAAAUAAAUUAAAAAUCAUUUUAAAACAAUAAACAAAUAUUUACAUAAGAUUAAUAGGAAAAUUACAACAAUUUAACAAAAAAUAGAAAAAAGAAAAAUCAAUUGUAAAAAGAUAGAAAAACGUUCAAAAACUACUUUUAAUGUAUUCGGCUACGUGUGUAAUAAAUUUGUGAGCAUGUGAUGUGAUGUGAUUUUUACAACAUAUUAAAAAUGAUAAAAAUAUUUAAUUAAAACGUAAAAUUAAAUAAUAUUAUUAAUGAAAUCAAUCAACAACAAAGACCAACCAACCAACAACAACCUUGAACUUGACCAUUAUAAAUCAUCAAAUGCAGGAAAACGAACGAAGUACGCCAACAAUUACAAUUAUAUGAAUUAAAUUUAUAAAUAAAUCAAGAGAAAAAUAGAGGGUGUUUUUUAGCUGUUUCGUGAAAAAUAAACAUGAAUUAAAAAAAAGAAUCAUAAAGGCACAGACGGGCGCGCACACAUAAACUGCAAUUACGUACAACACAAAAGUUCCAAAUAAAUACACAUCUUUAUAGCCAGUCAUCGUCCCCAUAUACAGACUCCAACCAACAGCAACAUCAGUUGCAGCAAGGGCAGCAAGGGGCAGACAGGCAGUUAGCAUUAAUAGAUUUGCUUGAAUAGAGUCAGCCAACGUUAAUGGAGUCUUCGUCACGCAAAAAACACAAAAAAGAAAAUCCUUAUGCUUCCGUCUAUAAUGCCACUACCAUCCCACUCAAUGCCAACAAAUCGAAGGAAAAAAUUGUUACGACCAAAACGAAGAAAAUACCGCGUCGUGAUAAAAGCGAUUUGGGAGAAAAUUUUAUAGCACCUGAUGGUGGGUGGGCUUGGAUUGUAUGCAUUGCAGCCGGUGUAUCAAAUUUAACAAUUUAUCCUUGUAUUCAACAAUUUGGCUUUAUAUUUCGUGAGCGUCUUAUUAGGCUGGGUCUAACAAAUUCCCAGAUCACAACAAUUAUUAAUACACAUCCAGCGGUGUCAGCGUGUACAGGUCUCCUCAAUGGACCCAUGUUUAGACGUUACACAUUUCGUCAAGUGGCCCUGGUUGGCUCCAUAUUAAUCUUUUUUGGAAUACUUCUAACAGCAUUUUGUGAAACAUUUUUAGAAUAUAUUGUCACAUAUGCUUUACUUUUUGGUUUUGGUGCUGGCAUCACUGUAUCAGCCUCUACAUUGGCCGUUAAUACUUACUUCAAAAACAAAAGAAGAAAAGCAUCUGGCUUUUCAUGGACUAUAACAGGCUUAGGUCCCAUUGUACUGCCCCACAUAGUCACAUCUCUAGUUAAUGUCUAUGGAGUACAGGGUACUCUAUUCAUAUUUGCGGCAUUAUCUCUGCACACCUUCAUGGCUGCUUUAAUCUUUGAACCGGUUCAAUAUCAUUUAGCCAAACCUCUCGACGAGGAUAAUAAACCGCCCUCCGUAUUGGUGGAACCGCCUCAACAUUUGUGUAAAUACUGCGAAAUGCAACAGAAAAAAGAGAAGGGAAUAUUCUCCUCUCAGUAUCUGUAUCAAGAUGAUGAUGUGAAUAAGCCAGGCUUUGAAAUUAUAGAACCGGGUACACCCAUGUUGUCGCGGGCCAAUGAUGGUUUGUAUGGCUCUAGACUAUCGUUGGCCUCGAAACGUAGGUUGCGUUUUCGUACCAUUUCCAGUUCUAAAGAUUUAGAGAAUACCACACGUAUAACUCGUUUGAUAAGUGAAGAUGAGGAAUUGAAGCAAAAGACAGGCUUUAAGCCCAACAAUUUCAAUAUAGAAAGAGAUGAAUCACUUUACAAGGGAAACUUAAAUCACCGCUAUGGUGGUAAUCAAUUAAAAUGCACCUGCGCCGAGGAGAGAGCCUUAAUGGAACUAAACCGUAUAGAAGCAUUCGAUGCUGAAAAUGCUAAUCAAGACAAGCAGCUGGAAGAUUCAAGUGAAGAUUUACAAUUGACAUUUUUCGAAAAAGUAGUGGCCUUUUUCGAUUUGGAUCUCUUGAGAGACUUUUCGUUUGUCAACCUAGUAGCCGGUUUGACCAUGAUCAAUUUUGGUGAAUUGAAUUUCUCCAUAUUAACGCCGUUUAUUCUAAAUGAUUUUGGUUUGGAAACCUCACAAAUCACUCUGUCCAUAUCUGUGCUGGGUGGUCUGGAUGUAGCCACCAGAUUUCUGGUACCCUUUCUAACCGAAAAAAUCUCUUGGGACAAUAGAGUUUUCUUUCUAAUAGGAGUAGUGGGCAUUUCCAUUGGACGCACAGUAGUGGCCUGCACAAGAUCGUUUCCCGUAAUAAUUUCAACAUUUGCCGUUAUCGGCGUUUUUAAGGGAGUACGUACAAUAUUCUGGCCAUUGGUUAUACCCAGUUGUGUGCCAUUGAAACGUUUGCCUGCCGCGUCCGGUUUGCAAUUGUUAAUAUCUGGUAUAUUUACUUUGGCUUGCGGACCCUUUGUAGGUUUGGUGCGUGAUCGUUACAAUUACGCAAUUGCCUUACAUUGUCUAAAUAUUAUGACAUUUCUAGCGGCGGCAUGUUGGAUCCUAGAGGCUUUAAUACGUCGUUAUUUACAGAAACCAAGUACAUUAAGUGAUGAACCAAGAUGAUAAAAAUGAAACUUUUAUGUUUAUUUUUUUAUUUCUUUACUUUCUACAUUAAAAAUGUAUUAUUUUGAUUUUA